AUGACUGCCACAGCGAGACGUUUCGCAGGCAUCGCUGCCAAAUCUUCUCAUGACGUUGUCAUCUUAUCGGCGCUCCGCACUCCCAUUUGCCGCGCCUACAAAGGACGUCUGAGAAACGCAUAUCCCGAGGAGCUGCUGACGGCCGUGCUCCGCGCGACAGCCAAGCAGGUUGAAGGCCUUGACCCAGCCUUGAUCGAGGAUGUCGCGGUCGGCACAGUCCUCUCUGAGCUGGGCGGCUCCAAAGCUGCCAGAGCGGCGCUCAACUCAAUCGAGGGUUUCGACGCCACCUCGACGAGCCUGUACUCCGUCAAUCGUGCCUGUGCAUCGUCUCUACAGAGCAUAUCUACAAUCCCUGGGCAUAUCCGCGACGGAACCAUCUCGGUCGGCAUCUCGGCCGGCAUGGAGAGUAUGACAAUGAAUUACGCAUCACGCGCGAUCCCGCAGCAAGCAUGGCCUGCGCUGAAGGAUUCCCGUGUUAAGCAGGCGCGAGAUUGCUUCAUGCCAAUGGGUCUGACGAGUGAAAAGGUUGCGAGGCGGUAUGGAGUCACUCGAAGGGAUCAGGACACCAUGGCUGCCGAAAGCCAUCGGAGGGCAGUGGCCGCUGCGGAGACGGGCAAAUUUAAGGACGAGAUUGUACCCUUCACUGUGCUGCAAUGGAAUUCUGGGGUUGAGCAAGAAGUUACCGUCUUGGUGGAUGAUGGGCCCCGGCCCGAUGUCUCUCGCGACGGACUGGCUCGGCUCAAGCCAAGCUUUGCUGAAGACGGCCGGAGCACUGCGGGCAACAGCUCGCAGAUUUCAGACGGCGCUGCGGCCCUUUUGCUUAUGCGUCGUCAAUCUGCCGUCGACCUAGGGCUGGCAAGCAGCAUUAUGGGCCGGUUCCUCGGUGGUAGUGUGCAGGGCUGCGAGCCCGAAGAGAUGGGGGUUGGGCCAGUCAAGGCGACCGCAGCCCUGCUGCAGCGCUUUGGGUUGACCGCGACGGAUGUCGAUGCUUGGGAGAUCAACGAGGCAUUUGCCAGUCAGUUCCUCUACUGUGUGAGAGAGCUUGGUCUGGAGAAGGCAUUGGAGGUUGGCAAGGUGAACCCGCACGGAGGGGCGAUUGCUCUGGGACAUCCUUUGGGCGCUACCGGAGCGCGCUUAGUAACCACCUUGCUACAUAGCAUGAAACGAAGCGAUAGCGAGGUUGGCAUAGUCAGCAUGUGCGUCGGUACUGGUAUGGGCAUGUCUGGUCUCUUUGUCAGAGAGUAG